AUGCCUACGACGAGAUCGCAGACAGCUCUGGCGACAGUUCCUUCGCAUUCUGCGAUGGAGCGAUUUGAUCCAGACAACACAGACUGGGGUGCAUGGAAGCAGCGUUUUGACAACUUCGUCGUCCUGUUGGAUGUACAGGAUGAUAAGAAAGUCAACUUACUGGUGGAAAGUUUGGAGCGCAAAGCCUUCGAGUCCCUGUACCAAGUAUGCUAUCCGCAGAAGAUUAAAGAGUUUACAGUGGAGCAGUUGAUAUACAAGCUGGAUCGCUUAUACGUCAAGCAGACAUCAAAACAUUACGAAAGGUCACAAUUCUUCCGUCUCACCCAGCAACAAGGAGAAAGCCUUGUUGAAUACAGCAACCGCCUCCGGGCGAAGUCAAUCAACUGUGAGUUUACUGGAACGAUAUUGGACGAGAUGCUGCUAGCUGCUUUCCUGGGCGGAAUCCAACGGGAGAAGACGCGACAGCACCUGUACAGCAGGGAGCCAACCAGCAUAGAGGGAGCGCUGGCCGAUGCGCAAAAGUUUGAAAGCAGAAUGGAGGAGAAGGAUGAAAGGGUGAUGGCCGUAAGGGGCAAAGGACCGAAAGGGGUAACGUGCACAGGAUGCGGAGGACGCCACCUCGUAAAAGAUUGUUGGUACAAAAAUAUGCCGUGUAAUAAGUGUGGCGUAAAGGGCCACUUACAAAGAAUGUGUGGUGGAAAAUCCAACUAUGUUUAUGAAGAACCGGAUAAUGUUAACGAGAUAGUCAAGUACACCGAUAUUUUUGAUUAA